AUGGCUUCCGCAAUUCUGAAGCGUGUCAACGCCUCCGCAAUGAGCUCGCUGGUUGAAUCUAUGCGAAUCCGAGCUUCAUCACGAGCCUUUGCGGCGGUGGCGGUCGGGACUGAUAUCGUAUCCGCCGCACCGGAUGCUGCUCUCCAGAAGGCUCGGAGCUGGGACGAAGGUGUCUCCUCCAAGUUCUCAACGACUCCGCUUAAAGACAUUUUCAAGGGUGCAUAUACAGGAGUUUGUUCCCAGCAGCACGUUCCUAGCUACAAGAAUAAAAUGGAUGAGUUCAAGGCUAAGGGAAUUGAUUCUGUUAUUUGCGUGUCU